ACAGUAUAGAAGUGCGCAGGCGCAUUCGAGAAGGGGAGCACGGAGCCUGCAGAAGUGUGAGUGCUCCUUGGUACAAAGGACCCAUACCAGUCAGACACGGCGCAGCGUUACCAUGAUCUUCUCCAUCCCACCGAUAGAUACCCAUCCCGCCUGCAUCACUUUAACGCCCAUCUUCCAGCAAGUCCGCGAGCCUGACCAUCGCUGCCCGGUCGCAGAAUGCACGGAGGAAAAAGAGGACUGGUGGCACCACAAAACACUUUUUUGGAAAACAUUGUUCGCCGAUCAAGUGAGACAAGUUUCUUGUUGGGCAAUGCACAAAUCGUGGAGUGGCCUAUAGUUUACAGUAAUGACGGAUUCUGCAAGCUGUCUGGCUAUCAUAGGGCUGAGGUCAUGCAGAAGAGCAGUACCUGCAGUUUCAUGUAUGGCGAGCUUACAGACAAAAAGACAACAGACAAAGUCAGACAGACUUUUGAUAACUAUGAAUCCAAUUGCUUUGAAGUGCUGCUGUAUAAGAAGAACAGAACCCCCGUGUGGCUCUACAUGCAGGUGGCCCCCAUCAGCAAUGAAAAUGAUAAGGUGGUCCUUUUCCUCUGCACUUUCAAGGAUAUCACUGUCUUCAAGCAGCCUAUUGAAGAUGAGACCACCAGAGAAGAGGGCGGAGUUUCAAGAACUCGUGCUGCAGCGAACCGCCACAACAAAGCAGGAGAAUCUCACGCAACAAGAUGGACCAAGUUUGCCCGGCUAACCAGGGCAUUAACCAAUAGCCGGGGCACAUUGCAGCAGCUGGCGCCUAUUAACAAGACAGAGGUCAGCCACAAGCAUUCGCGACUGGCAGAGGCUCUUCAGCUGGGCUCUGACAUCCUUCCUCAAUACAAGCAAGAGGCUCCUAAAACUCCACCUCAUAUAAUCCUGCACUACUGCACCUUUAAGACCACAUGGGACUGGGUCAUUCUCAUCCUUACCUUUUACACGGCCAUCAUGGUUCCCUACAAUGUCUCCUUUAAGACCAAACAAAACAACCUGGUGUGGUUGGUUCUGGACAGCGUGGUGGAUGUCAUCUUCCUAGUGGAUAUUGUGUUGAACUUUCAUACUACUUUUGUGGGUCCUGGAGGAGAGGUUAUAUCGGACCCAAAGCUCAUACGUAUGAAUUACUUGAAGACCUGGUUUGUCAUAGACCUGCUGUCUUGCCUGCCCUAUGACAUCAUCAAUGCCUUUGAAAACGUGGACGAGGAUCCCAUUGCAGACUCUUCUGCAGUGGGCCACUUACCAUCUGCGGCCCACUCGCCACGAAACGCCACACGCACAGAGGACUCAGUGUUACCUGGUCUAAGCAGUCUAUUCAGCUCACUGAAAGUGGUGCGUUUGCUCCGUCUGGGCCGAGUGGCACGCAAACUGGACCACUAUCUGGAAUAUGGUGCUGCUGUAUUAGUUUUACUGGUGUGCGUCUUUGGUCUGGUGGCACAUUGGCUGGCUUGCAUCUGGUACAGCAUCGGUGAUUACGAGGUCAUCGAUGAGGCCACCAACAGCAUCAAGACGGACAGUUGGCUUUAUCAGUUAGCUAUUAGCAUUGGCACGCCAUACCGCUACAAUGCCAGUGGAUCUGGCCAAUGGGAGGGUGGUCCCAGUAAGCACACGCUCUACAUUUCUUCUCUCUAUUUUACUAUGACAAGUCUCACCACCAUUGGCUUUGGAAACAUUGCCCCAACUACAGAUGGGGAGAAGAUCUUCUCAGUGGCCAUGAUGAUGGUGGGCUCUCUUCUAUACGCCACCAUCUUCGGAAACGUGACCACCAUCUUUCAGCAGAUGUACACCAACACCAACCGCUACCACGAGAUGCUCAACAAUGUAAGAGACUUCUUGAAGCUCUACCAGGUUCCUAAAGGACUGAGUGAGAGAGUUAUGGACUACAUUGUAUCCACGUGGGCCAUGACCAAAGGCAUAGACACAGAGAAGGUUCUGUCAAUCUGUCCUAAAGACAUGCGUGCCGACAUCUGUGUACACCUGAACCGGCAGGUGUUUAAUGAGCACCCUGCUUUUCGAUUGGCCAGUGAUGGCUGUCUGCGCUCUUUGGCGGUAGAGUUUCAGACCACACACUGUGCUCCAGGAGAUCUUAUCUUCCACGCAGGAGAGAGUGUGGACACUCUUUGCUUUGUGGUUUCUGGCUCGCUGGAGGUCAUCCAGGAUGAUGAGGUUAUAGCAAUUUUAGGUAAGGGUGACGUGUUUGGCGACGUGUUCUGGAAGGAAUCCACAUUGGCACAUGCGUGCGCUAAUGUGAGGGCACUGACGUACUGCGAUCUGCAUGUGAUCAGAAGGGAAGCUUUACUCAAAGUGCUGGAGUUUUACACGGCCUUCGCCAACUCUUUCUCCCGCAACCUCUUUCUUACCUGCAACCUCCGCAAGCGGAUUGUUUUUCGCAAGAUCGUUGACGUAAAGAAGGAGGAAGAGGAGAGGAGGCAUCAGAAGAAUGAAGUUACGUUAUCCAUCCCCGUGGACCAUCCUGUACGGAAGCUAUUCCAAAAAUUCAAACAGCAGAAAGAAAUGCGUUCGCAAGGUUCAUCGCAAUCUGACCUGGAUAGGAACCAGUUUCAGGUGGAACAUCAUCUCCAUCCGCUGUCCCAUCAGCUUCAUCAGCAGCAAUAUCAGUCACAGUACCAGGGUCACCAUCCUCUUCAACUUCAACACGUCACCCCCAUUCAAAAUGGUGCCCCUGGUUCGGGCAACGGGAACAAUGGUUCUAGUGUUCUGACUGUCUCACAGAUAACCCCGUUCCAAAGCGCAUUGGCCUAUGUUCAGACAGAGGAACCCAAUAGGAGUGAUGGUCAUGAAGCAAUGGAGCUUAAGCCCAGUUUUAGUGUGGAGGACCAGAAUUGUCUAAAGGUUACAAGUCCAGUGAGACCCAGAGGAGGAAGGGGACGAGGCUGGAUGCGCUUCCAAAACGCCACAUCAGGAUCUUCAAUGCUUCCGCUGGAACUGGAGAAGCAGCCUCCCAAGGAAGAAGAGUGGGGGGAUGUGGCCAAGCCAUUGAAUGUGAUUUCUCAGGAUGCCAAGAGCCAGGAAGCCGGAUCUGAUGGAAAUGGUUCAGGUGGAAAUGGCAACGGAAAUAGCAAUGAGGAGACAGAUGAAAACAGUGCUCUACACAAGACUGAUUCAUGUGACAGUGGUAUCACAAAGAGUGACUUGCGUAUCGACAGAGUGGGUGUUUCACGAAGCCCCUACGAAAGGUGUCCGACGGAGAGGAGUCCGUACGAUCAUCCCAGCCCAGGGAUAGGCGACAUGACACUUCGGGGUCUUCAUUUUCAGCCUAUUCCUGAACAGGGUGUCCUUCAAAACAGCCUGCACGAGGCAAAGCUGGAACUAAAGGGGGACAUCCAGACUUUAAAUAACCGGCUAGCAGCGCUGGAGGCUCAGGUGGGGGAGAUUUUAAGACUCCUCUCAUCAGAGAAGAGCAAACCUUCCCCUCCACCUCAAACCAAAACCGAACUUGAACGGCAGGACAUCUUUGCCGUUUCACAGCCCGUCUCUCCAGAUACAGGAGAUGAUGAACCCUUUUGAAUUAAGAGAAAUAGGUUUAUUUAUUAGAUAUUGAUAUGCUGGUUUUAUUUAUUACUCGCCUUCCUCUAACUCAGGAAGGAACGGUAAAACAGAUGAAUCGGGGAAGAAUUAUUUCUAUUGUAAAUACUUGCAUGUCCAGCUGGAAUCUGGCCUGCCAAUGAGAUCUUCUCUACGGAUAGUAGUUGCUUGUACGUGUAAGGAGUUGGCUGCAUGCAGAGAUCAUUUAAAAGGCACUUUUAGUGUGACCCGGCACAUAGGAUCUCCUAACAUAUUUCAGGGCGUUUUCUCUUUGAAGUGGUCAGAUGUGCCAGACCUGAUCUUGGGUGGCUGUACGUUAGAAUCAGUCUUGGUUUAAUACCCCAAGCAUUGGUUUAGCACAGCACUAUUCAUAGUGACCUGGCUAUAAAUGGAUAUACAGUCACUUACUGUCGCUUUUCUCAAAUAUCCCAAUAUUUCUUCCCAGUUUAGUAUGCAUAAAUAAGCAUAAUGACUGGAAGUGCGGGUUUGUAAGAUGGUUAGCUUAGAUGAUGAAAAGUAGAGAAUAAGAUCAUUAAUAUGUGACCCUGUCUGUGAAAUCCAGGGUAAAGUCUCUCAAAAUUUGAUUUCUUAAUUGAUUUUAAUCUUUGACAUGACCUUACUCAGUCAAUAAUAUCAAAGUUGUAUUUUCACAGAUGUGUCUUUACAUUUAUGUAGGAUGAUUAAAUGGGGGAAAACAGUGACAGGGUCACAUAUUUGAUAUGAAACCUUAAUCUCAUUUCAUUACCACAUUGUUUUUAAAUUUCAUUAUCAUUAUUGCCCUUAUUUAUCUUAAUACAUUAUGAUAGAUAAGAGAUUUUGGGGGUCUGUUUAACACGUUUUAGAAAGACAUACUUGCAUGCUGGAAGAAUACUGUAUGUGGUAAAGUCUGGCAUGGUAGAAAUAGGGUCUUCUCGUUUUCCCUUUUUAAUUAUGCAAACGCACAAAGUCUCAAUGGGAGGGGGGGUGCUGCAUUUUGGUAGUAAAGCUCCCUCUCGUGCCAAUAUUAGAAGCAUGAACAUCUUCAGGCCAUUUGGAAACUGCACAAGCAUGCACAGACGUUUUGCAUGACAUCAGCAUUGAGUGUUACAUUAGUAGACAUGAAAGUCAAGGUUUUCUAGUAUUGUUUCCCUACAUAGUAAUUGAUAUUAAUCUAUACUAUGCAUAAUUAAUUUGAAUGAAGAUGCAUAUGUCGUAACCUUCCCAUUUUAAUCCAGCUUUUAUGUAUUAUGCUCCACCAAAAGUACCCAAACUGUGUCACUAGACAACCUGUGGCCGUGUUACGUUUUAUAAAGUGUUCAUCAUUUGGACUUGCUGUUAUAGGAGCUUUUUUAACGUUAUGUUAUUAUUACAUCCAUGGAUGGUGACUCACAUAUCAACAUACUUAUGGGUGCUUUAGAGCAGAGGUUCCCAAACUUUUUUUAGGUACUGUAUAAUCCAUACCAGGACCUGCCAACAUAUUUUUUAAAUGUAAAUAUGAGGAAAACACAUUUUCUCUCUCUUAUAUCUGAGUUGUUUUUAUUUUCCUUGCAUUUUAUAAAUGAAACGCAAGUUUAAUUGCUGUAUCAAAAUAACUUAUGGUAUAUCAUAUCAAAAUCAUUGUACCCAAGUGAUUUGCACGACUCAUCUCAUUGUGCGACCCACAAGUGGGUACCGACCCCGAAGUUUGAAAACCCCUGCUUUAGAGGGCUCAUAAUGUUAUAACUAAUGCCCCUUCACCUCUCAUUCACCAUUAUUUCAAUUGUGCUGUUAUAUGUGCAUAAUGGUGAUGUUAUUAUCAAACAUUAGGGACGAUGACUGAGGCACUAUAGAGAGAACACUAUUAAGAUUACAACAACAGCAGAAGUGUGGUUGUAUUUGAAGAGCUUAGAUGCAAAACCCUCUAACUGCGUCUGACAUGUUUUCUAAGCAUUUGUGACCUUUGCUGACAAAUUGAGUCGGAAUGAGUACAU